AUGCCGUCCGCCUUCUCAGUCAGCUCAUUCCCUGUCAGCAUUCCUGCCGUGAUCACGCAGACAGACUGGACCGAGCCGUGGCUCAUAGGGCUGGCUGUCUUCCACAUUCUGUGCCUGCUGCUCACAUGUCUCUCAUCCCAGAGGUAUAAACUACAGGUCGGACAUUUCCUGUGCUUAGUAAUUUUAGUGUAUUGUGCUGAAUAUAUCAACGAAGUAGCAGCAAUGAACUGGAGGUUAUUUUCAAAAUACCAGUAUUUCGAUUCACGGGGGAUGUUCAUUUCCAUAGUGUUCUCGGCACCACUGCUGCUCAACGCCAUGAUCAUUGUGAUUAUGUGGGUCCGAAAGACUUUGGAUGUGAUGGCUGACCUGAAAACCCUACAGGAGAAGAGAAGAGAAAGGAAAAGAAAGGAAGAGUGA